AUGACACCACCACCGAAGGAAGAUUCUCAAGAUGAAACUCACUUGUUUGAAUCUAUUUCCAAGGACAUAGUGGAUAUUCUCAUGAGCGAUGACAUAGAAGAGAAGUUGGGUACUUUUGUCGACCCUUUAGCUCUCAGAGCUACAGAGAAAUCAUUUUACGAAGCUCUAGGUAAGAAGUAUCCUCCCUCGCCUACCCACCUCACUUUUUGUAAACCUGUUGAGAAAUUUUCAUGCAAUUAUAAUAGUUCCAACAAUUUUAAUUUUCAGUCCACUUCUCAAAUGCCCUUCAGUUCGGAGGGGAUUUGUUAUAAUGGAUUGAUGAAGCCUUCCGUAACCACUAAUCCUUCAAGUAGCAGCAGGGAUGAGUCCAUUUUAAAGCAGUUCAGAAAAGGGGAAGAGAAAGCUCGCAAGUAUCUUCCAGUUAUUGAUUUUGAGAGCCAUGAUCUAGUGGUAGAGAAGAAUGAUAAAGAAAAAGAGCAUUCAAAGUGCACUGCUAAUGAAGAUUCCAAGAAUAACCGAGCUAGUGGAUUGAUUGGUGGAAAAGAUCGAGCAAAAAGAAGAAGAAAUGUUGUAGUGGAUUUAAGUGAUCUGCUUAUUAGUUGUGCAGAAGCCUUGGCUGGCACCGACAUUAGGACUACAAAUAAACUUUUAAAAGAGAUUAGGCAACACUCUUCUUAUAUUGGUGAUGGAUCUCAGAGGAUGGCACAUUACUUUGCCAAUGCUCUUGAGGCACGCUUGGCAGGUACUGGGGCUCAAAUUUCCUCUGACAUGUUUUCCAAGACACCACCACCUAUUGACGUGUUGAAAUUCUAUCGAUCUUUUGUCUCUGUCUGUCCUUUUAGAAGGAUCUGUUUAAAUUUUGCAAAUCAACACAUUUUGGAUGUGACUGAGAAAGCAACAAAACUUCAUAUUAUAGAUUUUGGUACCACAUUUGGAUUCCAGUGGAUUAUCAUUGUGCGAGAUCUCUUGGCUAGAGUUGGUGGAACUCCCAAUCUUCGCAUUACAGGAAUACAGCCUCCUCAACAUGGUCCUCGAAAAGCACAAGGAGUUGGGGAGACAAAGCAUCUUAUGGAAAAAUAUUUUGAACAGUUUAAUAUCUCAUUUGAGUAUAAGGCUAUAGCAAAAAAAUGGGACACUAUUCAUAUUGAUGACAUUAAGGUCAACAAAGAUGAGGUCAUUGUUGUAAAUUGUCUAUACCAAUUGGAGAAUCGUCUACCUGAUGACACAGUUGCAUUGAAUAGCCCAAGAAAUAUCGUACUAGACCUAAUUCGAAAGACAAAUCCCAAAAUAUUUAUCCAUGGUGUUACGAAUGGAUCUUUCAAUGUCCCCUUCUUUGUUAGACGGUUCCAAGAGGCGGUAUACUACUAUUCUGCAUGGUUUGAUAUGACGGAUAAAAUAUUUACCCUUGAAAAUCCAAGUAGGUUGAUGUUUGAGCAAGGGAUGCUUGGGCAAGAGGUUGUGAAUACCGUAGCAUGUGAGGGUUCUGAGAGGAUUGUGAGGCCUGAAACAUAUAAGCAAUGGCAGACCCGUAACACAAAUGCUGGAUUUAAGCAACUUCCAUUGAAUAGGGACCUCGUGAAGAGAUUAAGAGCGAAGUUGAUAUCUAUGUACCACAAAGAUUUUAUGAUUGAGGAAGAUGGUCACUCGAUGCUCCUAGGAUGGAAAGGCAAAAUAUUGCAAGCUCUCUCUUGUUGGGUUCCAAAUGAGUACUAA